CAACUCUUUACUCCACACUUUACUCGCUCCCAUUCAACGUGAACGCUUAAGAAGUGCAUUCACCAACCAUUUCCCGGUCAGUACGUUAUGUUUUCUCGUCCGUUCACAAACGAUCCGUGUCGUUUAACGGUAUUACUACAACGAACGUAAAUAAAUCAACGUGCUUACUUGCGGUAUAUUAUUUUAAAACUAACUAACAAAAAGUUAAUUCAAAUUUUGGUUUUCUCGGCGAAGUGAAAGUGAUUCAAAAGAAAGUAUUACUUUUUAAAGAGUUUUACAGAAAAAGAUACAAAAAAAACUAUGAUGGGUGUUUAUGGAAUCGUUGUUUUGGGUGUUUUUGGGAUGAUGAGUAGUCACGUUUUUGGAGAAUACGCCGUAGAUACAUCGAUCAAAAAAUUAUGCGAGGACUCGGAAAUUAUUUUAAAAGAAGGAUCGGAAUCUUCAGUUCUUGUUUCGUUAGAUCCAAAUAUAAUUGAAGGAGAGUGUAAAGUAAAAAUAAAAGCGCCGAAAACUUAUGUUGUUCACAUGACCAUUGUUGAAAUUCCCUCACCGCCUUACCUCCAGUUUAGGAAGCAUUUUCCAGUACAACCAUCAUGCAAUAUGAGCGUGUUUCAGAUCGAUAGCAUUCAUAAACCAGUUUGGAAUGGAGAUAUGUGUUCGAAUGGACUGUUAAGGAAUGUUGACCUUUUGAAUCCGGAGAUAACGCUCCUUUGGCAUCAACCCACCAAAAUAAGUUCAACGCAUAAUCGUAAAUUAUUGUUCACGGCUGUUGGAUUAGGAGACGUUUGCAAAAGAAAAGAUCAACACACUUGUAUGAGUAUCGGGCAUAAACCACUUUUCUGCAUUUCCGAUCAUUUAAUUUGCGAUGGUUAUCAAAAUUGUCCGAAAGGUGCGACGAAAAGUGAUGAAGACACUCAUUUAUGUACUAAUUUUAAUAACAUAAAUGAACUACAACGGUUUUUAAAAAACGAUAUGUUCGCGGAAAAUAUAUUUCAUAGUUUAAGGAAACCCUCGGAGGCACCUUUAUUUAACAUUGUACCAAAAAAUCACGAUUAUGAUAAAUCAACUACAACCGCACAGCCGGAAGAAGACAAACCAACGACAGCAUUAGAGUCGAUUUCGAUGACUCUUUCCCAAUACGGUCCUUGGGGUUAUAUUCUUUUGGGGAUGUUACUAUGUGCGGCAGUUUUAAUGUUUUGUGGAGUAAUCGAGUGUUUAAGAAAACCAAAACCUGUUGAGCCCGUUCAAACAACUCCAACAACAGUAUUAAUCAUAAAUAACCAACAAGAUGAUGCCACUCCACCGAGAUACGAAGAUUUAGAUCCGCCUUCUUAUAACACCUUAUUUCCAAAUGCAAAAGAGGAUGACGAGAAUUCGAUUAAUAUCGUUGAUCGAAGAAAUUCCUCAGUGGAAAAUGAUGAUACACAUGAACAAAGCACUUCUUCAUCUGAACAAAAUGAUUCUAACUUGAGACAUAAUGGAGAAACCAGUUUUUCAUUGCAAGAUGCAACACAAACUGAGAGCCAAACGUAAUCUUUGAAAAUAGUCGUUUUUGACUCUGUUUUAAAGGGUUUUACGACAAUUAACAUUUUUAAAGUUCUACGUACAACUAUAUUUUUUUAUUAUUAUUUACUCAACGUUAUUGUGAUAUUAUCGUUAAAAAAUGGACUGAUAUAAUUUAAUUUCUGUACAAAAAUGCGUAUUUUUAUGUUUUAAGCUGUGUAUAUUUUUACAUAUGAAAUAAAAUCAU